AUCUCUUGUACUUGUGCACCUAUAUCUCUUGUACUUGUGCACCUAUAUCUCUUGUACUUGUGCACCUAUAUCUCUUGAACUUGUGCUCCUAUAUAACUUGUACUUGUGCACCUAUAUCUCUUGAACUUGUGCACCUAUAUAACUUGUACUUGUACUUGAGCACCGACUUGUAUUGUAAUUGUGCACUGAUAAAUUCAUAUUGGUCGGCGCCGUGCAGUAUAGACUUGUACAAUUUGUUUCUUUUCUAGAGUUUUCGUUUGUGCUAGUGUUUAUCUGGUUGUUUUUUUGUCUAGUUUCCCUUGGUCUAUUUGUUGUAUAGUUUAGCGGCACCAAAGUUGCUGCUCGGUUACACGUCUUUGCCAGUGCAUGCGUGUAAAUUAUGUUGGUCUCUUUUGGUUUGUUUGGUUGUCGAUGUAUCUGCGCCAGAGGCGCGUAUCGUUUUAGAUGUGUAGUGAGGAUAUGCAAUUGCUACGACAUAGGUGGUUUGUGUGGUUUCUCUUGUAAUCUUUUUUUGUUGUCCUGUUUUUUAUAGUUUCGAAAGUGAUAAGCUGCACACAUCGUACCUGAACUAAUUUUAGUGUUCUCCAGUGCUUGUUCAGGUUGGAACAGAUGGCAGAUCCAGGUUUUCACUCUCGUGCGGAUAUUCCUGACCAUCUUCGUGAAGCAGUCGAUCGUCACAUCUCAGAUAUGUUUCCUGGUGAAAUGCAUAAUGAUUUACGUUGUAAGCUAAGAGAAAUGUGGAAGACUUUCUUCACUUCCUCGAUGAUAAGAACGGGACGUGUUCUUGUUGAUCAGAUGCGUGAUAUGGUUUCUCUUUUGUCAAUUGAGUUGAAGAAGCAGCCAUGUACCUGCAAGGGAAAGGAGCCUGACACUAAAAAUGAUGUUGGAGUGGAUGCACGCCCAGAAAUCAUCAGGGGCGUCCGGGUAGUCUCAAGACCACCCAGCCCUGAUGCACCUGUUGAUGGUACUAACGAGCCUUUCAUGGACGAAGAUCCUGAACCUGAUGAUUAUUGUAUUGAGGAAUGUUGUCUUGAGCGUGGGGGGCCAUGUACUCGCAAGCGAAAGGAGCCUGGAACUGAAAAUGUUGUUGGAAGUAGUUCUAUGGCACAGGAGGAUGAUGCCUAUGCAGACACCGAUUCUGAUGAUUGUCUUGAGCUUAAGGAGCUAACUGGGGAAGGGGAUGUUCCUGUAACUGCUUUGCAUAGAAUGUUGUUUGCUGAUGUACUUCAGGCUCCUAUGAAUUACAUUGAAGGUAGCGAGAAAAUACUUGAAGUUGGUGGAAAGUCUGUCAGCUGGCAUAAUUUCUACGUUGCUAUGAAGGGUGGUGGUUUCAUGGAUCCUUCUGUUAUGGAUGUCUUUCUUAAGUGCGUUGACGAUGGUCUUGAUUUCUUAUUUAUUCCAAGCUCUUUGGCGCAUAUUCUUGAUGUGGACGAGGCGGACCCUAUUUAUCUUGCUGCAAGUUUUGCUGAACAUGAUCUGAAGUACUAUGUUUUGGAUAGGGAAGAGGUCUACAUUGCUUGUUGCGAUUACAGCCAUUGGUGGGUUAUCUUUGUCGACAUCCAUUUCAGGAAAUUUAUAGUGUCUAGCUCACUGAAGUUGACUGAAUCUCAGAUGGCUUCUACUGAAAGAAUUUGCAAAUCAUUCAAGAAACUUUACAAUCAUCUUCAUGGUGUAGAGGGAUUAAAUAUCUCAUCGUUCAAGAUAAAAGUUUGCGGCACCCCUUCUUGUUCAGAGAAAAGCGCGAGGCGUGACUGUGGUAUCUAUGCAAUGAGGUUCAUUUGGAUAUUCAAGGCUAAUUUUUACCCAAAUGUGUUCAAGGCUGACAUCGAAAGUUUUCGACAGUUCUUCACCGGAAUGAUGCUCACUUAUGAUUCUCCUGAUUAUUUGUCAAUGAAGUGA